GCUGGUCCUCCAUGGCAGCACCCCGCCCACAGGCGUUGUGGCGCGGGCGGGCCUGGACGUGUCUCCGAGGGUGCGGCGCGCUCUGCUGCAGGCGAUGAUGCCCCAGGUCCUCCAGGGCGGCGAGGAGUGGGCGCCGGUGUGGCCUGCAGCGGUGCUCCACGCCGUGGGGGACCGCAGCCGCGCCGUCCGCUUCGCCGCGGCCCGGUGCCUCCUCGCGGCCAUGCAGCGCGGCUGGCCGGGCCGCCUCCUGGCAGACGCCGAGCUCGCGGAGCGCUCCGCCGGGCGGCUCGCCGCUGCCCUGACCUGGUUGCGCCGGCAGGACCCGGAGUGCGGGCACCUGCGGAACCUGCUCGCGCCCGAGCCUGCCCUGGAGCAGUUGGCGCCGGGGAGCUCGCUGGAGCGGGUGCUCUUCGCGCGCGUGGCGGCCGCCUCGGCCGCGGCGCUCGGCGAGGCCCCGCCGGGCGGGGGGCUGCCCCCGCUCGUCCUGCAGGCGCUGAAGAGGAGCAGCCGCCUGGAGUUGAGGCAGCUGCUCCUCAUCGUGCGGGUCGCGGAGCUGCCGCCGCACUCCGCUGGGCGAGCGGCCGUCGCGCAUGCCGCGGCGGCGGUGCUGAAGGCCGCCCAAGUGGGCCCACUGGCGGAGGACCUCCUCCGAGACGGCGCCUUCCCACAGGUGCGCCUCGGGGCCGCCGCCGAGGCCGUCCCGAGCCCGAUGCUGGUCGCGAUGCUGCUGCUGCGCUCAGUGUCCGGCGAUCGUGCCGGUGCCGCCGCCGCAGGCGCGCGCGAGCUUUGGGUGUCGCGCCUCACGGCGGCGGUUUACGACGGCGUGCGGCGGGCCCGCGACGAGGCCGAGGAGAGCGUCUCCGAGCUGGGUCAGGAGGCGGCGUCCGCGAGGGAGGAGCUGGAGGAGGCCCGCUGGGUGCUCGCGUCCCAGCAGUCCCGCGGAGACGUCGCAGAGGUCGCAGAGGCGCUGCGCGCCAGGUGUGGCCAGAUCGAGGAGACCACCCGGGCGAUGGGCGAGGCCCUGGCGAAAGCAGAGGAGAGGCGCGACGAGCUGCGUCUUCGCGCCGUGCUCAUCUCAACGGCCUGGCUUCAACAGAGCCGGGCGCCCCUUGAGCGGGACGCGGCGCAGAGCGGACUGCUCGACACAACGCUCCGGUCUGCGGUGCGCGCACCGAACGGAGAUCACACCACUCAAGUCACGGCGCUGAUGGGUAUUGCGGUGUACGCGACUAAGAGCGCAGAUCAUGCAGAAUCCCACUGGCCGUUCUUCAUGGGGCUGCUAGAGGCCCAGCUGCCCUCACUGCGGGACCCUAUCUCAGAGCUCGCCGAUUCCGCGCCACCUCGAGUGGCGGCACGCCUUGCGGAGAUCGCGGUGCUCUUCUUGACCGACGCGGUGCUUCUGCACGGCGGCACGCUGGGAGAAGGCUGCACGCUGGAUCUGUUCGUGGCGCUGGCCAGGGUCUUGGUGAGCGUCGACCUGGCGAGCAGCACUGCCUCGUGCGUCAGCAACGACCAAGCUCACCUCCGGGCGGUAGUCUGCGACCGUGCCUGCUGCCUCACCAUGAUGGGCCACCUCUUUCACGGCGGCGCAGCUGCCAAGUGGAUGCUCGGGCGCCUGCUCGGCGAGGUAUGCGGCGUGGGGCGGUCCCUUGCGGCGAGCGCCCAGCCGGACGGGGGCGACGGGCCGCGCGGCCUGCCUACCCGCUGCGGCGCGGGCGACGACGGAGGCCCGGACAGCGUGGCGAGGGCGGUCUGCUGUGGCCGCCUGCUGCACUUCUUCGGCACGCUUCCGCUCCUCACGCCCACCCACGCAGAGGCCUUCGUGCAGGCGGCGGAGGCGUUCUUCGGGGCGAGGCUGUGGAUGCUGGACCCCCAGCCGCACGCGUCUGCUGCGCGGGCGACGCCGCCGAGCCGCCUUGCGCGCCUGGCCUGCAGGCGCCUGGGCCUGGCAGCGCUGGCGCUGGAGCGCAUGGGCGCCGCCCCGGCGGCUCUGCAGCUGCGGGUGGUCCGGGCUGCGGCGGCGGCCCUGCUCGCAGCCCCUGCGCUGCAGCAGGCGGU